GUCCCAUGUGACUGGGCUAGGCUGAUUAAAAGGGCUGGACCCUCUGCACACCAGCAUUACUCGGGUGUGAAAUGUACCCUUUUAGUGAUUUAUUGUUAGGGUGAAUUUGCUGCCUGUCAGAAGCUUUCUGUGUUUGUUCCGAGAGAUGUUUUGGGGAAGCAGGGACUUGGAACAGUUUGUGUCAUCCUGUUCUCUGCCAUUCUGUCACUAUGCAUCCCUCCUUCCCUGACACCUUUGGCAAACCAGCCCUCAGGAACUGUUUCACUGGUUCCCUCUCCUUCCCUCCAUCAGCGCUUCUUUCUCUCCCAUCUGCUAGGACCCUUUGGCCUUGCGUGCAGCACAAUACUGUUAAGGUUUGCCAAUGAAAGCCAACAUUUACCUGAGAAGCUUCUGGGCUCCAGUUUAUGGCUGCCUUUGGUAGCAGCCUGCCCCUCACUGAAGAGACUACCAGGGUGAUGCUGAGCCCCAAAAGUGGGCAAGAGGGACUCACCCUGGAAAGUGCAUCGCUGGCCACACUGGUUAGUGCUUUUCAGAGAAACUCUUAUCAGGCCAGGAUGAGAGAGAAAUCAGCCUGCAGGCAAGGAGCCAUUCCCAUUUGUAGUCUAGAACCACUAGGUGGGAAAGAGGUUCAGUAAGUGCCUGGGGGAGUCCCUGGGUGGUGCAAACAGUUAACACACUUGAAAGCUAACCAAAAGGUUGGAGGUUUGCAUCUACCCAGAGGCUCCUUAGAAGAAAGGCCUGGCAGUCUACUUCUGAAAAAUCAGCUAUGGAAAACCCAAUGGAGCACAGUUCUACUCUGGCACUCAUGGGGUCACCAAGGGUUAGACUCCAGAGUCCAGAAUCAACCUGACAGCAACCAGUUUCAGUGCCUGGAGUGUCCCCACUCUGCCAGCAUUGUCACUUUUCUUUGUAACAAGGGAUGUCCAAAAUGCCUAAAUGGCCAGAGGUGGCUGGGAAUUCUUGUGAUAUCGACAAGGAAGGUCUUCCAAGGAUAGCAGCACUUUCGCUCUCCUCACCGUGGGAAAUGGAUAAAAGUGAAGGUAUCUGCAGGCCCUGAGAAAAAUCACCUUAUUGGGGUAAGGCUAGAAUAAGGGGUUAAAUCAUUCUGCCAUGCCGUGCUACUUCUGUGGUCUUGAGCCCAGUUCUGAGGGCCCCUUUUUAGCUGGAAAGGGCUUGCCGGAAGUGUCUAGGAAGGCAAAGGAUCUGAAGAUCAUGUCUUGUGAGAACUGUUUUAAGGAACUUAAGCAGCUUAGACCAGAGAAAACUCAGGAGAAUCAAAUGAGCAGUUAUCUGAUAUGCAAGGGGCAUUAGGUGGAAGUGAGAUGGGUUUUGUUCUCUGUAUCUUUGGAAGACAGACCCGGUGGAAGUCCCAGAAAAAUGUAUUUGGGCUGAAGAAAAAGAUUUCUAAUAAUUGGAGCUCUGAGCAAUGGAACAAAUUGCUAAAAUUUUAGGUAGUGAUUUCUUAUCACUGGAAGAAUUCAAGCAGAAGGUAACUAAGAGGGAAUUCCUGCUCUGCGUCCAAGUCUGGACUGGCUGACCUCUGGACUCUACAACGAUGUGCUGGUCUUAGCUGCUGUCUGAGAGGAUGUCUGGGCUGUCCGAGCCCCUGAGCCGAGUGAAGGUGGGCACAUUGUGCCGGCCCGAAGGUCCCCCAGAGCCCAUGGUGGUGGUGCCCAUAGAUGUGGAAAAGGAAGACGUGCGGAUCCUCAAGGUCUGCUUCUAUAGCAACAGCUUCAAUCCCGGGAAGAACUUCAAACUGGUCAAAUGCACCAUACAGACGGAGAUCCGGGAGAUCAUCACCUCCAUCCUGCUAAGUGGGCGGAUUGGGCCCAACAUCCAGCUGGCUGAGUGCUAUGGGCUCAGGCUGAAGCAUAUGAAGUCGGAUGAGAUCCACUGGCUGCACCCGCAGAUGACGGUGGGUGAGGUGCAGGACAAGUAUGAGCGUCUACACGUGGAAGCCGAGUGGAGGUAUGACCUUCAAAUCCGCUACUUGCCAGAGGACUUCAUGGAAAGCCUGAAAGAAGACAGGACCACGCUGCUUUAUUUUUACCAACAGCUCAGGAAUGACUACAUGCAACGCUAUGCCAGCAAGGUCAGCGAGGGCAUGGCCCUACAGCUGGGCUGUCUGGAGCUUAGGCGAUUCUUCAAGGAUAUGCCCCACAACGCACUUGACAAAAAGUCCAACUUUGAGCUCCUGGAGAAGGAAGUGGGGCUGGACCUCUUUUUCCCAAAGCAGAUGCAGGAGAACUUAAAGCCUAAACAGUUCCGGAAGAUGAUCCAGCAGACAUUCCAGCAGUAUGCCUCUCUGAAGGAGGAGGAGUGUGUCAUGAAGUUCUUCAACACCCUCGCAGGUUUUGCCAACAUCGACCAGGAGACCUACCGCUGUGAACUCAUUCAAGGAUGGAACAUUACUGUGGACCUGGUCAUAGGACCUAAAGGCAUCCGCCAGCUGACAAGUCAAGAUGCAAAGCCCACAUGCCUGGCGGAGUUCAAGCAGGUCAGGUCCAUCCGGUGCCUCCCGCUGGAGGAGGGACAGGCUGUGCUGCAGCUGGGCAUCGAAGGCGCCCCCCAGUCCUUGUCCAUCAAAACCUCCUCUCUGGCAGAAGCUGAGAAUAUGGCUGACCUUGUCGAUGGUUACUGCCGGUUGCAGGGGGAGCACAAAGGCUCUCUCAUCAUUCACCCCAAGAAAGAUGGUGAGAAGCGGAACAGCCUACCCCAGAUCCCCCUGCUAAACCUGGAGGAUCGACGAUCCCAGUUCUCAGAAAGCUGCAGCAUAGAGUCAGACAUCUAUGUCGAGAUCCCCGAUGAGACCCUGAGAAGGCCUGGAGGUCCACAGUAUAGUGUUGCCCGAGAAAAUGUGAUUCUGGGUCGUAUUCUUGGCGAAGGCUUUUUUGGGGAGGUGUACGAAGGUGUCUACCAGAACCAUAAAGGGGAGCAACUCAAUGUCGCUGUAAAGACCUGCAAGAAAGACUGCACUCUGGACAAUAAGGAGAAGUUCAUGAGUGAGGCAGUGAUCAUGAAGAAUCUCGACCACCCGCACAUUGUGAAGCUGAUCGGCAUCAUUGAGGAGGAGCCCAUAUGGAUAAUUAUGGAAUUGUAUCCCUAUGGAGAGCUGGGCCACUACCUGGAGAGAAAUAAGAAUUCCCUGAAGGUGCUCACCCUUGUCCUGUACUCGCUGCAGAUAUGCAAGGCCAUGGCCUACCUGGAGAGCAUCAACUGUGUCCACAGGGACAUCGCCGUCCGAAAUAUCCUGGUGGCCUCCCCUGAGUGUGUAAAGCUAGGGGACUUUGGCCUUUCCCGGUACAUUGAGGAUGAGGAGUAUUAUAAAGCCUCCGUGACUCGUCUCCCCAUCAAGUGGAUGUCCCCUGAGUCCAUUAACUUCCGCCGCUUCACGACAGCCAGUGACGUCUGGAUGUUUGCUGUGUGCAUGUGGGAGAUCCUGAGCUUCGGGAAGCAGCCUUUCUUCUGGCUGGAGAACAAGGAUGUCAUUGGGGUACUGGAGAAAGGGGACCGGUUGCCUAAACCUGACCUCUGCCCACCUGUCCUCUACACACUCAUGACCCGCUGCUGGGACUAUGACCCCAGUGACCGGCCCCGCUUCACUGAGCUUGUGUGUAGCCUCAGUGACAUUUACCAGAUGGAGAAGGACAUUGCUAUGGAGCAAGAGAGAAACACUCGCUACCGAGCCCCCAAAAUCUUGGAGCCCACAGCCUUCCAGGAGCCCCCACCCAAGCCCAGCCGGCCCAAGUAUAGACCCCCUCCACAGACCAACCUUCUGGCUCCCAAGCUGCAAUUCCAGGAGGAGGACUUCAUCCAACCCAGUAGCCGAGAAGAGGCCCAGCAGCUAUGGGAGGCUGAGAGGGUCAAGAUGCGGCAGAAGCUGGACAAGCAGCAGAAGCAGAUGGUGGAAGAUUACCAAUGGCUGAGGCAGGAGGAGAAAUCCCUGGACCCCAUGGUUUAUAUGAACAAUAAGUCCCCAUUGACCCCAGAGAAAGAGGCCGGCUACACGGAGUUCACGGGGCCUCCACAGAAGCCACCGCGGCUGGGCGCACAGUCCAUCCAGCCUACGGCUAACCUGGACAGGACUGAUGACCUGGUGUACCUCAAUGUCAUGGAGCUGGUGCGGGCUGUGCUGGACCUGAAGAACGAGCUCUGUCAGCUGCCUCCUGAAGGCUAUGUGGUCGUGGUGAAGAACGUGGGGCUCACACUGCGGAAGCUCAUUGGGAGUGUGGACGAUCUCCUGCCUUCCUUGCCAUCAUCUUCACGAAUGGAGAUUGAGGGGACCCAGAAACUGCUGAACAAGGACCUGGCAGAGCUCAUCAACAAGAUGCGGCUGGCCCAGCAGAACGCUGUGACCUCCCUGAGUGAGGAGUGUAAGCGGCAGAUGCUCACAGCCUCCCACACCCUGGCCGUGGAUGCCAAGAACCUGCUUGACGCCGUGGACCAGGCCAAGGUUCUGGCCAACCUGGCCCACCCACCUACAGAGUGAUUGAGGGCACCACCCUGCCUGCAUCAUCCACCCCCACCUGGUGUCAUGUACCCCACCCCCUGGCCCUUGCCUUGCUUUCAGUCAUGUGGGUCUUCUCAGGGGGAAGGCCUAGGGGAGUUCUUCCCUUGCCACUUUGCACGACCCCCAUCUUCCCACCCCCACCCCUGCUCAGGCUGCAGCUGGACACAGGAGACCCUGGGCUGUGGAUGCUGGGGGAUGGCAGAGAGGGCUCAGAGGAAGAGCUGCGGCUCCCAGCCACUCCCUCCUCACACCUGCUGGCCCCGAGCAUGGGUGCCUUGUUGGAUGUCACCAUGGAGCCAGGAGCAGCUGCAUGGACACGACAGGCAGAUUUGAGAACCAAACUAUUCUUUCUCCUUCCUCUUUGGCCCUCAGAGGACCCCUGCUGCACAGAGGGGCUGGGUAGGGGCUUUUUUUGGGAGGCAGUGGCUGAUGAGGCAAGGGAUGGACCUAAUUUCGUGUACAGUGUACAUUGGAAUUUAUUUAAUGUGAGUCUGGUCUGGACUGACAGCUGUGUGCCCUCCUGAGGGAGGACCUGGGAGAUGGUCCAGGAACAAGCUAAUUGGGACUCUGGGCACAGGACACUGUGUUAUGUCAACAAACCAAGCAUUGGAAAGACUAGGAAGAGACAGAAGCCAAAACAAAACUUUGAGCAUAUCUGCCUCUCUUCCUCUCUCCCUCUUUUUUCUUUCUUCCUUUACUUUCUUCCCCUCCUCUCCUUUCUUUUUCCCUCUUUUCUUACUCGUUCUCCUUUUUUCUCCCCUUUUCUCACCUAGUCCCUUCCUUUCGCUCGUGUUUGUGUAGAACACUCUUUUACCUCCUUUCUAUUUGACUUGUGGUUGAACUAAAAUUGUAUAAUUUGCUUUG